AAGGAAUCAAUGGGAUGCGCGUUCUUGUAGAUGCAGGAAUGCCCACAUGCAGGAACUCCUCAAUUUGCGGCGGCCAUCACACACUAUCUGCCUGCGCAUGAAACCCUGCUGACUCCCUGGGGAAUAAUAUCGCGAGUUUUGAUUGGUUGCUGGAUUUGGAACAAAGCUGCCGAACUUCAGAGUGAUUUAGGCUGCUUGCUGAAAGAAGCAUGUGGAGACCAGACAUCUAAGAGGUAGAGCAACUUGCAGGUGUGCGGUUAUAUGCGGGAUAUUGAGAACGUGAAUUUGGCAGUACAUCCAACUCCAGACAACGUGUAUGACUUCAUGUGGGUGUUGCUGUUAGCAGUAGGAGGUUAGGUGAUGGUGCAGAGGCUUCAAUCCGUUCUGACCCUCUACCUGUCAGGAGUGUUGGCUUUCCUAGGCCUGUGGUGGUACAUCUAUCGGAAGAAAGAAUACCAUCUCACUGACAAGGAUGACUCAAAUGAUGAGACGACCGCAGACCAGGAGCACCUGUCCUCCCCCAGAGACGUAGGUAACUGUGUUGUGGAGAACAGCCACUCGACUGGGAUGCAUCUGGACGGGCACGCAGUGAGGGAGCGGUCAUUAGUGGAACAGGAGCUUGUUGAUAUUACAAACACCGCAGCAGCAGAGCAGGGUAUAGUCCCACUCUGCCAAUCACAACCUGAGGUAAGGGUUGUGGCCGCAGACGGUCUCAUUCGUAGCCUGGUUACUGCUGCAGUGAAGCCUGUUUACGAGAGCACUGAGUCUUCAGCUCAAGUGUUCCUAGAGACUGCAGCUGAGGGUGGACCUGAGCAGGAUCUAGAAUUACAAUGGGAACACCAGCCAUGCGUGCCAUCAGCCAUGCGUGCCACCAGCCAUGAGUCAACUUGCUCCUUAUCAAUCUGUGACCUAGGCUCUGGUAAAUCUAAGUCCGUCGGUGAAAGUGCAGGUUUAAAUCAACCACCACAAUCUGAGACACUGGAGGACAUUACAAACAGCACUUUGAACCUGGAGCCUGCAGGGGAGGUGGUUAGACUGGAGCCUGCAGGGGAGGUGGUUAGACUGGAGCCUGCAGGGGAGGUGGUUAGACUGGAGCCUGCAGGGGAGGUGGUUAGACUGGAGCCUGCAGGGGAGGUGGUUAGACUGGAGCCUGCAGGGGAGGUGGUUAGACUGGAGCCUGCAGGGGAGGUGGUUAGACUGGAGCCUGCAGGGGAGGUGGUUAGACUGGAGCCUGCAGGGGAGGUGGUUAGACUGGAGCCUGCAGGGGAGGUGGUUAGACUGGAGCCUGCAGGGGAGGUGGUUAGACUGGAGCCUGCAGGGAGGUGGUUAGACUGGAGCCUGCAGGGGAGGUGGUUAGACUGGAGCCUGCAGGGGAGGUGGUUAGACUGGAGCCUGCAGAGGUGGAGGAGGUUAGACUGGAGCCUGCAGAGGUGGUUAGUCUGGAGGUGGAGCCUGCAGAGGUGGAGGUGGUUAGACUGGAGCCUGUGGAGGUGGUUAGACUGGAGCCUGUGGAGGUGGUUAGACUGGAGCCUGUGGAGGUGGUUAGACUGGAGGUGGAGGAGGUUAGACUGGAGCCUGCAGAGGAGGAGGUGGAGGAGGUUAGACUGGAGCCUGCAGAGGAGGAGGUGGAGGUGGUUAGACUGGAGCCUGCAGAGGUGGAGGUGGUUAGACUGGAGCCUGCAGAGGAGGAGGUGGAGGUGGUUAGACUGGAGCCUGCAGAGGUGGAGGUGGUUAGACUGGAGCCUGCAGAGGAGGAGGUGGAGGUGGUUAGACUGGAGCCUGCAGAGGAGGAGGUGGAGGUGGUUAGACUGGAGCCUGCAGAGGAGGAGGUGGAGGUGGUUAGACUGGAGCCUGUAGAGGAGGUGGAGGUGGUUAGACUGGAGCCUGCGG